AUGGGCGACGAUCCGCUGCUGCUGCUCGAAGAGGACGGCCCGCCCCUCAAGUCACUGCAGACGGAUGCCAGGCCAAAGGCAGCAAAUAAUAAUAAAGGCAACAAAAAGGGCAAGGGAGGAGGAAGGUCCAAAGGAGUUACAGCCACCACAACAGUAUCACCAUCAUCAAAACCACCCAAUUUGGCCGACGAGGGCUCCAAGUUCUUUGGUGUACCACCAGAAACUGAUGACGAUGAUGGUGGUGAUCUCGACCUUGAGGAAACCCUUUCCUCCUCCUUCAAAUCAAAGAGGGAAAAAGAGGCGGAAGAGCAGCAGCAACCUCAAUCAACUCCAAAAAAUAAAAAAGGCAAAAAAGGAGGUAAAAAGCGGAAACGGAAGCCUCGGCGGGUAAAGCAGUGCGACGUGAAGGAGGCAAGUGAACGUCGGCGGAAGCACGAAGAGGUCCUCGCCAAGGUCUGCACGAUGAUCAACAGACCGGAAACGACUGAGGAAGAGAAGAAGGUGGAAAUAGAGGAAAAAGAAAACACACCCAAAGCAAAGGAAGAGAAAGAUGAUGAGGAGAAAGGUAAGGAAACUCCCACCACCACCACCUCACCAACUACAGAAUAA